UUGUAAUUGUGGCUGUUCACAACUCCACAACUAUCUUGAUAAUAAAGAAAGAAGAAUAAAUAGAAUGUGGAUCUUUUAUGGAGGCUGCUGAGCUAUUAGCCAGUAAUCCUCUCUCUCUUUGUCCACAGCUGACUCUGAGAUAAGAAUGGGAAGCAUACAACACAUGACAAGUUUACACAGCCAGGCAGGAUCAGUUUACAAUAUAACAGCAGCCCUCCAGCAGUGAUGUGGCUGAUGGUCAGUGCCUCAGCCAGGAAUAGCAUGAAACAUUUGGAGGCAGCAGGACUGAAAUAUUAUCCUAAUUUUCUUACUAUUUUAGUUCUUUAUAUAUAUAUGGAAAAAAUGGACUAUAGAAUACAAUCCUCUAUGAAAGUUAUAUAGUGUAUUUUAAACAUGUUUGUAUCCAGAUCAGUUGCAUAUAUUUCUGUUAAUAUAUAGCAGUAUUGCAUACUUCAAAUUCUUCCUCUCAGCAUUUUCUCUCAAAAUAUAUGGGAUGUAACUAUAGUCACAGAUUUGCCUGAUUUGCAGGUGGCUUUUAUUUGAGGCUGUUACAAAGGUCACAUGUCUUGCAAGCUAUAGAUAAGGAUUUUUUAGUGUUGUUAAAACAAGAAGCCACGAGUAGAUGGAGACAGCCAAGAGCAGUAUUUCUGUCAGAAUGAAGCUUCAGUAGGAUUCAAGAAUUUGCACACUGCUGUGACUCCAGUUGUGUUUGGUGUUACAGGACUUGCCCUGCAUGUGGGAGGGCUCUUUCAGUUUGAUGUGAUGGAGUGCAGCUACUCCAAAGUGCUCUUGUUCUGCAACAACCAGAUUUAACUUGUGACACAAUAACAUUCCUCUGCAGUUAAAGCCAGCAGGUCAUAAUGUUCUGAGAGCCUCUGGUCUGUGAUAUCAUAGUGAUAUUGAUACUCUGUAACAUCACUGUGGUCCUGUUCCCAUGCUGACUGGUCUGUGACAUCAUGAUGAUGCUGCUCUGUGCACAGGGGUGCAGACUGUGGUUUCACAGUUAGUUUGGUCUGUUGGCUUUUCCUCUUGUCUGCUGUUUGACGUCAUUAUUGUAGUGUUUCACAGGUGGUUUGUGGUCAGUGACAUUUUUCAACUUGUCAAUUGAUAUUUUAACACAUGGAAGGUUUUUGUCGGGUACUUGUUAUUGUAUCUUUCAAAAUCAGAUGUUGUUAUUAAAGGUUAAAGGCGUGUGUUACAUUUAGACUUUGCUACUUUAUUUACUGUCUAAUACCUUAGACCAACAUGACUUUUCUGCAACAGUAUGUUUUUUGUUUCAAUAUUAGGGGGACACAUAUAAAGCUACAUUCACAUGCUCUAAAUAUUGCCCCCUGUUUUCCCCCAAAAUCUGCGCCUCUGCUUUUCUUUAUUCUUAUUAUUUUAUGUGCUUUAUUGCAAAGCACCCUGCACGUUCCAGCAGCAUCUCUGCUGCCUUGUCAACAAAGCAUCUUCAAAAAGAAAGUAUACGCCUGACAUCUUCAAUCAGGACCAUUUUUAAUGUUAUCCUUAUAAGACUUUUCAAUUAAAACUUGAAGGCUGAACCUUUUAUUGAAUAGCCGAGGAGAUAAAGCUUAUCAUCUCAAAAACAGACAAAUAUCUCAUGAUUGAAGGAAAGCUUUUGUUUAAGACUCCUCCUGUCCACCUUUCUCAAACAUUAUAAAUGAUCAGGCCUACUUUCAAAAAAUCAGCCACACCUCCAGACUCCACUUCUCUCUGACAUUUUGAUUCACAACAAACCUAUUAAAUGUUUCAGGAAUAUCAUCUCAGAAAACUGCUGCAGCUCUGAUUCUUAAGUGUAUUCAUGGAGCAUAAUGUGUUUCACAGCUCAAGUGCUGUUGGUAAAGACUGUGCCUUCAUUAAUUAGCAGAUAACCUUUACAUAAGGCGUGCAGGCUAACAAAAUGAUUGGUUUGCUAUUGUUGUACCUUAUCCUUGGCGAAUCACCUAUUGUCCCUUUGAAUAAUUGAGACCAGUGUAUUUUUGCCUGUUUUAUUUUUUCCUUGGUCAGCAACUAGCUACUAGUUUUGUCCCCAAGAUCAAUUGCCUUGGUAACACAACCAGAGAGAGGGAGAGAGAGAGAGAGAGGGAGUGGGAGUGAGAGAGAGAGAGAGAGAGAGCGAGAGAGAGAGAGAGAGAGAAAGAGAGAGGGAGAGAGAGAGAGAUUUGUGCCCACAAUGGCGACUGUAGGUAUGCUAAAUACCUCUGGUUCCUUAUCCGGGAACUACCUCUUACUCUGCUAUUGGGCCAUUGGGUCACGUGGUAAAAGUAACUUUACAGGGCUGCUCGCAAGUAGGAGGGCUUUAUGGAGCAGAAAAACGACAAAGCUAGAAAAAUUAUUUUCCACUCCAGAAAUUAAUGAUCAUGAGCUCGUAUUUGAUGGAGUCUAACUACAUUGAUCCGAAAUUUCCUCCAUGCGAGGAAUAUUCGCAAAAUAACUACAUCCCUGAGCACAGUCCAGAAUAUUACAGCCGCGCAAGGGACACUGGCUUCCAGCAUCACCAUCAGGAGUUAUAUCCUCCGCGGGCGAGCUACCAAGAGCGCCAGUAUAACUGUGCAAGCAUCCCUGAACCUGACACGCCAAGGGGACAUGGAGUACCCCAUUCUGCGCACCUGCUGACAGGGAAGGGGCAACCUGCUUCAUGUGAAACCCCACAGUUGUCUAUGUCCCCCGCCACCCCACCGGCCGCAACCUCCGCCUGCAACCAAGCCACCCCGGAGCAUCCAAACAGCACAGCCUCCUCCAAGCAGCCCGUGGUGUACCCAUGGAUGAAGAAAAUUCACGUCAGCACUGUGAACUCGGGUUACAAUGGGACGGAGCCCAAGCGGUCUAGGACAGCAUACACCCGGCAGCAAGUCUUAGAAUUGGAGAAGGAAUUCCACUAUAACCGAUAUUUAACUCGACGGAGGCGCAUCGAGAUCGCCCACACCCUGGUUCUCUCCGAGCGACAGAUUAAAAUCUGGUUUCAAAACCGCAGGAUGAAAUGGAAAAAGGAUCACAGGCUCCCGAACACCAAAGUGAGAUCCUCUUCCUCCUCCGGGUCCAACACAAGCUCAGCAGCAGGCGCUGUUGCCGCUGCCUCGGCCACUAACACUGGGGCCCCCGACGAACUCACCGGAGCACAGCAUGGCGAGGAUAUUACCAGGUUAUAAAAACCACAUCAGCGGGGGUAGAAAAAGGAACUGGUUAUUUAUAGAACAAUUAUAUAUUUUGUUUUCGUAGCUAUCUUGUGCGGUUUCCUUUAAGUCCAAAGUUAUAUAAAAUGCAUGUUAUAUAGCAUGGAUUACUGCGAAUACCGUUGAAUUAUUUUUACGUGACACAGGGUUUAAUUUAUUUGAAGCUCAAUUAAAAAAUGUUUUUUAUUAAAAAAUGUUUUGAAUGAAGGAAAAAAAAAGUAGAAAAAAAUAUACAUUUUAUCAAAAUGUUAUUGUGGGCCAUUCUUUUGCCCUGCUGCCCAAGGUGAAAUGCACAAUCUAUUUAUUUCAAACAACACUGGAAGGAAAUCAAUAUAAUAAUAGUUAUUUUUGGUAUAAAAAGAAGAAGCUGGAACACACCAUUGAUCUUGAACUUGUAUGUUUUGGAUAAUAACAAUGUGUGAAUUACCUCGUGUAUUUCAGAAACAGGAAUUUUUGAUUUACAAUUUAGUUUUGUGGUGUUGAUGUUGUGUUUAGCAGCCGUUAAAAAGCAGAUUAUUGUGAAAUGCAAUAAACGGAGUGUAGUGUACUUGUGCUAAUCAUAUUGGUCAAUAAAACAGUGAGUGUCUACUAGUUUUAAAAUACGUUUGGUCGAACUUCAUUUUAGGCAAGUUGAGGUCUGCUAUUGUUUUCGCUAUUUUAUUUGAGGGAUCACCUUAAAACGUGUACAGGUGUGAAUACUUGAACA